AUGUCUGGGUUCCUAGUUAACAAGGGUUCCUAUAAGGUUCCGCAGCUCACAUAUGGCUCAUUUGCCUCACAAGAGAAUCAUAUCACUCAAGGGCCAUCCUUUUUUCACCUCGUCCCAAAUGAAACUCAGCAGUAUAUGGGUAUAAUCCGGUUACUCCAAUAUUUCAAAUGGACAUGGGUUGGGCUUCUUCCAAUUGAUAAUAGCAGUGGCGAACAUUUCUUACAGACGCUGGAGCCAUUAUUUUCCCAGUAUGCGAUCUGUUCAGCAUUCACAGAAAGAAUACCACAAAUAGCCCACUGGGAUAGCUUGGAGGAACUUGGUUUAUAUAAUAAAGUGACUACCUUUAUUAUAUAUGGAGAAUCAUUGACUAUAUCAUGGCUGAGAACUAUUAUAUUUAUACGAGACACUGGAAACAAGGAGAACACAUCACUCAGAAAGGUGUGGAUUACGACAACCCAGAUAGAUUUCAUAUUGACUGGCAUUCAAAAGGGCUGGGGUCUUCAGAUGUUCCAAGGUGCAAUUUCCUUUACAAUCCACUCCAAAGAGAUUGCAGGGUUUACGGAAUUUAUUCAGACCAUAAAACCUUAUGGGCCCCAGAUAGAUGGUUUUCUGAAGGACUUUUGGGAGCAAGCCUUUGACUGUGUGGCUCCUAACCCCAAUGCCACAAUGGAUGUUAAUGAAAUAUGUACUGGGGAGGAGAGGCUGGAGAGUCUUUCUGGGCCACACUUUGAACUGCUCAUGACAGGACACAGCUAUAGUAUCUAUAAUGGUGUUUAUGCUGUAGCAUAUGCUUUGUAUGUUAUGGGCUCUUCCCGAUCCAAACAGAGAGCCAAUGGGAAAGGUUUCAGUAUUGAACUUGAAGAUGUUCAGCCUUGGCAGCUCCAUCACUUUCUUCACCAGAUUUCAUUUAACAACUCAGCUGGGGAAACCAUUUCCUUUAAUGACAAAUGGGAAAUGGGAGGCGGCUUUGACAUCAUAAAUAUGGUCAUAUUUCCAAACAACUCUUUCCAGAGAGUGAAAAUUGGUUGGAUUGACCCAGAGACUCCUGGAGGAGAAGAACUCAUCAUUCAUGAAGAUCUAAUUGUUUGGCACAGUGGUUUCAACCAGGUGAUGCCCAUUUCUUUGUGUAACGACUACUGCUAUCCUGGUAACCAGAAGAAAAGGAAGGAAGGGGAGAAAUUUUGCUGCUAUGAUUGUACUCCAUGUCCAGAAGGGAAGAUUUCCAAUAAGAUGGAUAUGACUGACUGUUUCACAUGCCCAGAAGAGCAAUUUCCAAGUAGGGACAAAGAUGAAUGUAUGCCAAAAGUUUUAACCUUUCUUUCUUAUGAAGAACCUUUAGGAAUCACUUUAGCCUUCACUGCUGUUUUUCUUUCCAUUAUUGCAGUCUUGGUGCUAGCAAUUUUCAUUAAGCACAGGGAUACACCCAUUGUCAAAGCCAACAACCGAGGCCUCACCUAUACCCUCCUCAUAUCGCUCCUGUUCUGCUUCGUCUCAUCAUUGUUUUUCCUCGGCAAACCUGGAAAAGUGACCUGCCUUCUCCGACAAACAGUGUUUGGCAUCAUCUUCUCAGUGGCUGUUUCUUGUGUAUUGGCCAAAACCACCACUGUAGUGAUAGCUUUCAUGGCCACAAAGCCAGGAUCCAGCAUGAGGAAGUGGAUGGGGAAAAAACAGGGACAGUCUGUUGUUCUUUCCUGUUCCCUCAUUCAAGCAAGUAUUUGUACCUUGUGGUUGGCAACCUCUCCUCCUUUCCCUGAUUUAGACAUGCACUCAGUAACUGGAGAAAUCCUUGUGCAAUGUAAUGAAGGGUCAGUCACCAUGUUUUACUGUGUCUUGGGUUUCAUGGGCUUCUUGGCCAUUUCCAGCUUCACUGUGGCAUUCCUAGCCCGCAAGUUACCCGAUAGUUUUAAUGAAGCCAAGUACAUUACCUUCAGCAUGUUGGUCUUUUGCAGUGUAUGGUUGUCUUUUGUUCCAACCUACCUGAGCACAAGAGGGAAAUACAUGGUGGCUGUGGAGAUCUUCUCCAUCUUGUCCUCCAGUGCUGGGUUACUCGGCUGCAUCUUCACCCCUAAAUGCUACAUCAUUGUGCUCAAGCCCCAGCUGAACAACAGAGAACAACUAAUUCGGAGAAAGUUUUGA